AUGGCUGCGGCCAGCCCGUCACCUCACAAACCUAGGCGGAAAGCCAUGCCUGGCAAUGGCAAUGGCAAUGGCAAUGGCAAUGGCAAUGGCAAUGGCAAUGGCAACGGCAAUGGCAGCGACACUUUGGUACGCAGACGAUCCGAAGCUCUGGUGAGAGCUCCCUCUUUCCCCCUGGCGUCGAUUCUUUGGCCAGCUCGCACGUCCUCGACACAAUGGGAGAUGCUGCCUGCCAUCCUCAUGGUGGCCGGCUUAUUCAGGUGGGCUGCUGGACUUUGGGGAUAUUCAGGUUUCCAGCGACCUCCCAUGUUUGGUGACUACGAAGCGCAGCGGCACUGGAUGGAAGUUACCACUCAGCUUCCUAUUUCACAAUGGUAUUUCCACGAUUUGCAGUGGUGGGGUUUGGACUACCCGCCUCUGACGGCAUACCACAGCUGGAUCAUGGGCAAGUUGGGCGGCUUGAUUGAACCCGCUUGGUUUGCUUUGUACACGUCUCGGGGCUCCGACGACGAGACGUUAAAAGUCUUCAUGAGGGCCACCGUCAUCAUUUCCGAGUACUUGAUCUACGUCCCGGCCGCUGUCGUCUUCACUCGGAGAUACAGCAGGCUGAACGGCGUCACAGCCUGGACCAGCUCAGUUGCCCUCGCUGCAAUCCUCAUGCAACCUGCCACAAUCCUCGUCGACCACGUACAUUUCCAGUACAACACGGUCAUGCUCGGACUCGUGCUCGCCAGCAUCAACAGCAUGUUGGCCGAGCGCUACAAGUGGGCUGCCGUCUUCUUUGUUGCCGCCCUUGGGUUCAAGCAGAUGGCCUUGUACUAUGCGUUUAGUGUCUUUGCCUACCUCUUGGGCAAGUGUGUCUGGCCUCGCCCAAACGUGAUUCGACUGGUCAGUAUCGGCUCGAUCACCAUUGCCUCGUUUGCAGCGCUGCUUCUGCCCCUGAUUGUGGGUAGCUUGUACCAGAAACACCGCGGAAUGGACUCUCGAUCUGAGCCCGACGGAUCAUUGCCGACCCUCCCGCUGUUUCACUUUCUCGCCGAUUAUCUUGACACGCGCUCUGCCGUUUACGCCGUCGUGGAGCAAGUCGUCCAGAUGAUUCAUCGCAUAUUUCCGUUUUCGAGAGGCUUAUUCGAAGACAAGGUUGCCAACUUUUGGUGCGCACUCAAUGUCGUCGUCAAGCUUCGCCGAUUCCCGCCUCAGGUUUUGCAACGAGCCGCCCUGGGUGCGACGCUUCUGUCCAUUAUUCCCCCGAACGUCGUUCUUUUCCUAAGGCCUGAGAAGAAGUUGAUUCCCCUGGCUUUUGCUGCCACGGCUUGGGGGUUCUUUUUAUUCAGUUACCAGGUCCAUGAGAAGAGCGUCCUUCUUCCGCUGCUGCCCAUGACUUUGCUGCUUGCCGGAAAGCAAGGGUUGAAUGGGGACACGCGAUCCUGGGUCGGAUUUGCCAAUCUGCUGGGUGCUUGGACCAUGUUCCCCCUCUUCAGCCGGGUCCAUCUUGCUGUGCCAUACACGGUUCUGACGUUGUUGUGGGCUUAUCUUGUUGGCCUGCCCCCGACCUGCUGGACCGCUCCCUUCAUGGAGGCCGGGCCUGCCCUGAAGCAAUGGACAACUGCCCUUAUACACAACGUCUUCUACGUCCUCAUGGGCUUGUGGCAUGUUGUCAGCGCGUACGUUGCACCGCCUCUGGAUAAACCGGACUUGUGGGUGGUGGCCAACGUGGGUGUUGGUUGCGCUGGUUUCACGCUCUGCUAUUUAUGGUGUCUGUGCAAGUUGGUGGUGGACAGCGGCUUGGUGACGCCUGAAAAACUGCCGAAGGCCAAGACGCAAUAA